AUGAUUGCCAUUGAAAGAUAUGAUGGUAGGUUUGAAAUUGCUGGACAACCAGAAACUGAUUCAACUAGGUCAGUCCUAGUAAAACAUUCGGAACACAACAUCAAUCGUGCCAGCCCUGAACUCAAAGUGGCAGUCUUCCCAAUAUCUGAGAACAUUUCCCCCUAUUUUUAGUCUCAAAUCUUCCAUCUACUGCAAUGUCACCACCCCGCGUCCAAGCCUCAACUCAUUACUAAUAAGCGCUCUUCUCAUAUCCAAAAAUGUUCCCACCCCGAACUUUGGAUGUAUCCAACAGGAUGAGACCGAGACUGAAAUGCAAAUCACCAUUAAUUAUUCACCGUGA